AUGGCUGUGCAUCAGUCUGCAACAUAUCGGUUCGAGGAUGAAGAGCUCAAUACUAUGGUUUCAUCAGGGAUCUCUUGCGAUCGUCUUCGGCAGGCACUAAAAAAGUGCAUAAAGGAGUCACAUUGUGUGCAGGUUCAAGCAAGACCGGCAAAGGAGUGUAUUGAUGCGCAUGAUGGAAGUGUUCCAGAUAAAUGCUUCGCUUUACUACAGAAUUUCACCGACUGCAAAAGAUCGCUCGUAGAUAUGAGAAGUCGUUUUCGCGGAGUCGCUUCUGUUGAUUCGUUUAUGGAAAUGGGUUCUCAGCUGCACUGGAUGUUAGAACUUGGAGAAACUUCGGUGACAUUUGAACCGGAGACUCUUCAAAAUGGUCAAUCAGGCAACAUUACGCAGAAUUUCUUUGACGAUGUCAAUUUGAAGAUUUGUACCGUUCGGAACAAUGGCUCGCUAGGAAUAACGGCAAAGUCAUUAGCUGUAAACGAUGUGAUAUCUGCUCGAACCAAAGAUAGAGGCCCACCUGGCCUAAUGAAACUCUCACCCAAUGGAAAGCUGGCCAUCCUUCAGCGACAAAUGAAUUCUGUGGACAUAAUUUUACUAGAAAAGAAUGACGGCAAUACAGCUGUUGAAUUCAAUCUACCGACAAAAUCUCGAGACAUGAUUCUUAGCGUUGACUGGAUCAGCAACAAUCAGAUUCUUUUCGUCACCAAGCAGUCCCUUGAAAUAUUUGCAAUAAACGAAGAAAAAAGGACGACUAAAGUGUUACGGACGUCAAAUGUGUCAGCUUCAUGGUCGAUUUACUAUGCGAAGUCAAAUUUAGUUAUUAUUGCUACAGGAAGCAAUUGCACAACUCUUCAACCUUUUCUUAUCCAGCAUGGUCUUUUCACUAGACUUAAGAGCUUCGACGUGGAGUCUGGAACACCUUCAAAUGAAAACCUUCUUGAAAAAGAUGUGACUGUGACAUCAUUAUAUGGGAAAGUAUGUGUGAUGGUACUGCGAUAUAGUGUAAGAGGAGCUACGACUACGGAUUUGUUGAUCUACGAACUUUCUUCUGAUCUAAACACAGCUGCAAAAAUGAAGUACUCAUUAACCUUAGGGUGCUCUGGAGGAUUUGGCAUUCAUGUUAUCGACAAUUUGAUCGUUGUUCACCAUCAGGGAAUAGCAAAAUCGAUGAUUUUCGAUGUAGCUCUUUCUCCGAAUCGGCCUACACAUUCUCCGUUGAUCACAGUUUCAAUUAGGCCAUCUCCUGUUUGUCAGCCGCCACCUGCCCUGUACGUUCCUCUUUGGUCAAUGUUUCAACCGGACAUUGUUGUAGAUCCUGUAGCUGGAAUGAUGUACCAGUUGACAGUUUGUUGCAAUCGUGCACAUGAAGAAAUUCACGAGAAGGGAAUGCUGAUCGAAUUUCUGAUACAUCGCACUGGUCAAAAACAACUUGUGUUAGAAACACUGCUUGCAUCUCUCAAGGCGAAGGAACUGCGUUUGCGUCAGAUUCGAAAACUGUUUGAUCUAAUUGUAGAGAAAUUUUCCAUCUCCUCGUCAACUGUUAGUAACGGACCUGAAUCGUCCAAGCCUCAAUUACGACCUAUACCGGUGCAGCACCUAAGAAUUGAACAAAGAGAAAUGCAGAGCAGCAUCUUUAUUCCCAUAAUGGAGGACCAAUUUGCUGAUUCGAAAUUUGUUGCCAAUGUGAUGUUACAGUAUCUGCGAAGUCUUCAUCGAUGGUCAGUACCAGUUGAGGCCUACUUUUUGGAAUUGGUUGUGGAAGCACUAGCUCAAUCCGGUGAAAUGGCUAAGCUACAUCAGCUCGUGACUUAUCGAGUAAUAUCCGACUCGAAACCACUAGCAUUUCUCCUUCUCUCGUACGAAGCGAGGUGUCCUUCAUUGUUCCAGUCCGGUGUGGACAUAUUAGCACGACAGAAGGCCUGUGAUGAAAUAGUGGAGGUACUUUUAGAAAGAGGUCACGUAAUCGAUGCUAUGAGGUAUAUAGACACGCAACAAAUGGAAAUGAAUAGUUUGAAGCUUCUGGAUGCAGCAAAACAGCAAGACCGUGUUGUUCAAUAUGCCGUCUUAACACAUAUACUAAAUCGCAAGUCCAAAGAUGAUAUGUCGAAAUUGGAAUCUGAGCUCAACUCCCUGUUUACUGAAGAAGAAAUAGAAGAAGCUGAAAGCGAAGUCGCAAAGGGUACUCAGUUCGCUUGA